AUGUUUCCAAAACAAUUCAUUUCAAAAUCAGUCGCAUCGGCCUUGAGAAGGAUGCCCGCUUCGUCGAGCGCGACUUCUCAAAGUUUGGCCAGAUCCGCCGUCAACUCUGCAGUGAAAACUUCUGGUCCUUUAGCGUUCACUCGUAGAUAUAAUUCUGAGUCUACAGAGAUUCCUGACUUUUCAGAAUAUAAAACCAAAUCCUCCUCUGGUGACCGAUCUCGUGUUGUUUCUUAUGCCAUGGUUGGUACCCUUGGUGCCUUAACUGCCGCUGGUGCUCAAGCUACAGUUCAUGACUUUCUUGCUAGUUGGUCUGCUUCUGCUGACGUUUUAGCCAUGUCCAAAACUGAAGUUGACUUAAACAAGAUCCCUGAGGGUAAAAAUAUGGUUGUUAAAUGGCAAGGUAAGCCUGUCUUUAUUCGCCAUCGUACUCAGGCCGAAAUUGAUGAAGCCAACGCUAUGGACAUCAGUGCCCUCCGUGACCCUCAAGCCGAUUCUGAUCGUGUUCAAAAACCCGAAUGGUUAGUUAUGAUUGGUGUCUGUACUCACUUGGGUUGUGUCCCCAUUGGCGAAGCUGGUGACUAUGGCGGUUGGUUCUGCCCUUGCCACGGUUCUCACUAUGAUAUUUCUGGACGUAUUCGUCGUGGUCCUGCUCCCAUCAACCUGGUUAUUCCUCAAUACGAAUUUGAUGGCGAUAAGCUUAUUGUUGGUUAA